CUUUCGUUUGUUGGUUCAUCUGAAUUCACCGUCCCGUAAAACUUCAAAAUAUAAACAAUAAACAAAUACAAUGUACAUCCAUUGUGGUCAGCUGUGAUAACAAUUGAUGCUAAGAUUAUAUUAUAUUCACAUUAUUUCAUUGGUAGUUCGGUACCGGUUGUAAAUAUAGUUGUAACAAUUUAACACCUAUUACUGAACAUUUCAUUCAGUUCAUUGUAUUUGCUUAACUAUUGAAUAUUUGCUGUUUAUCAUGUGCAUUUUGGACAUGACAUUUCCUGUUAAUGUCCGUUGAUAGAUUUGGAUCGUUGGAUUAGUCGCCGAAUCAAUCCUUCGGCUGUAAUUCAAGAGUUAAAUAUGAUUCAUUUACAAGCAUCUGAAUUUUUUCAAAACAUUAAAUAUUACCAUAAAGACAUAGAUGACAUUUUUGAACAACCUUCAAAUGUUAUUCCAACAUUAAGAUCUUACCAACGUAGAGCUGUCAAAUGGAUGGUAGAUAGAGAAAAAAACAAUAAUUUGGUUAAAAGUGAUGGAUCGCCGUUCAGUGGAGGAAUUUUAGCUGAUGAGAUGGGUUUAGGUAAAACUGUUGAAAUGUUAUGUUGUAUUAUGUCUAAUACAGCACCACCUGAAUUUUAUAAUAAAAAAAUUGUAUUUAAUACCAAUAAAUAUGAUUCAGCAACAGAUUUACUACCAAAAUCACCUAGGCCAUCAACAAGUAAAUACAUACAAUACUCUACUGAUUUAGAUCUAGAAAAUAAGUCAAAAAAAAGUUCCCGUCAUAUGCUUCAAAAUUGGUAUAAUAGUGUAUUAAGUGAUAUGAGUACUGUAUCAAAAAAAAGUAUUCCUUACGAAAAAGAUGCUCCAAUUAUUGAAUGCUAUUGUAUUAACACACCACCAAAAAGCACUUUAGUAAUUUGUGCAGUGUGCAGCAAAGGCCAGCAUGCAGAAUGUACGCAUUUUGAACCAAAACCAUUUGAAGAAGUACCAUACUUGUGUGCUAAUUGUUGGACUUUAAAUGAUAAACUUCACUGUAAAGCUACAUUGAUUGUUGUUCCACAAUCUAUUCUAAAUCAGUGGAUUGAUGAGAUAGAAAAACAUAUCGCUAGUCCUGGUUUAAAAGUUUUUGUUUACAAUGGUGUGCAUUUGGAUGGUUAUGUUCAACCAAUAUCUUUCAAUGAAUAUGAUAUUGUAAUAACAUCAUACAACAAUCUUUCAAGAGAUUUAAAUUAUGUUGGUAAUUCUGAUUUAGAAAAUCGAAAUACUACACGUUUAAGACAUUCCAAAAAAUACUAUUAUCCUCAGUCUCCAUUGCCUUGCAUAAAAUGGUGGCGAAUAUGUUUGGAUGAAGGUCAAGCUAUCGAAAGUACCUCUACUAAAGUAUCUGAAAUGACAUCUUGUUUAAAAUCUGUACAUAAAUGGGCUAUGACUGGUACACCUAUACAAAAAUCAUUAAAUGAUCUUUAUGGAAUUUUGAAGUUCCUAGAUGUUAGUCCAUACUGUAAUCGUAAUCAGUUUCAGAAGCUUAUGAAUGGUGAAACUAAUUUGAUGUAUGAUUGGUUUUCUAAAUUGAUUUGGCGUACUUUAAUAGAAGAUGUUAAUUCCGAGUUAAAUAUACCAAAACUUACUAAAGAACAGCAUUGGCUGACAUUUUCUCACAUUGAAAAACAUUUUUACCUUAGCCAACAUGUUGAUUGUGCUACAAACUUUUCGGAUACUAUUACUCGCAUUUUCCCAAAUCUAGAUAUAUCGUUUAAAAAUAUUGAUAGGAAAGUUAUAUUCACCAUAAUUGGACCAUUAUAUAAACUUCGACAAGCAUGUGUGCAUCCACAAGCUGUGAAUGGACAAUUUUUGAAAAUCAAAGGAACAAUGACUAUGGAAAAAUUAAUGGAUUUAAUGAUAGAAAAAUGUUGUAUUGAAUGUAAUGAUAUACUGCGAUCACUUGUCUCGCAACAUAAUGCUAUUGCUGGAUUGUAUCUUAUUCGUUCAGAAGCUGCCAAUGCUGUUGAACAUUAUAGAACUGUAUUAAGUUUAAUGGAGAAGUAUAAAGAUAAAAAACUUAAAAUAGAUACAUGUCAGAAAAUUCAUGUAAUGUAUAAUUUGGCUACUGUGUUGGAUGAACAUUCAACAAUAUCUCAUACUCUAUAUGAUUCGAACUUAAAAAAUGAUAUGGAAUUACUUGAAAAAGAAUAUAUUGAUGCUAGUAAACAAAAUAUUGAAAUAACUCGUAAAACAGUUACAUUUUAUUCAGUUAAAGUAGCUAAACUUCUUGAGAAAAAAACAUUAGGUUAUUCUGAUUGGUGGUCUGACAUGUUAGAUUGGAUUUUUUCACCUAAAGAUUUUUUAAUUAAAGUACAAUCCGAUUUGGAAGAUUACCGUGUGCCUGGUGUACCAAAUAUUGCAAAUAGAUUGAAAUCUGUGAAUGAUGUUUAUAAUAUCUUGGGUGUUUGGCUAGCAGACUUGGACAAAGCAAGAAUUGAUACAAUAUCUAUAUUAAAUAAUUUGGAAGAAACACCCAUGAAUGACUUAGUUCAAUCUGCAUUAAUAUGUCAUUUACGUUUAAAAUCUAAAAAAGGUGUUUCUAGAAAUAGAUGCUUAUUAUGUAAAGCAGAAGAUCAACUACAAGUAUAUGAAUCAUUAUUAUUUAGUGUUUCCAACAAACAAAAAAACAUGUCAGUUGAUAAAACUGAAGAAGAAGAUAAAGAAACCAUGUAUGAAAGUACUAGUAAAGGCCUUUGGAAAAUGUCUCAAAAAGAAUUUUUACUCAUGAAAUUAUUUCAGUAUGGGCAAGCCAAAAUUAUUAAUAAAAACUGUCUGAAAGAUGCAGCUGAACAUAUGAAAGUUUUAGAGUUAGUGCGUAAAGAAUUCAGGUAUUUAAGGUUGUUAUGGACUCAUCUUAGUGAUAGUCUCUCUGCUCAUGAUGAGAUAGUUAUGGCCAAGUCAAGGUUAAGACUUGGAGACAAUAUAAAACCAGAAGCUGAAGAAGAUGGUCCACCUAAAAAAAAAACUAAAAGAGAGGAUGAAAAUGAUGUUGUUAUGGAACAAUAUGUGGAUUAUAAUAUGAUAUCAUUGAGAUCUGAAAUCCCAAGAACUGAAAUUAUCUUAGAAAAAAAAAUUGGAACUUUACUUUAUCUUGAAAAUUUAAAAAAAGAGAAAGAAAAUUCCACUGAAACCGAGCCAUGUCCAAUUUGUUGUCUUAAUGGAGAUUCAGGGUGGGCAGUAUUACAAUGUGGUCAUAGUGUAUGUAAUAUAUGUUUAGCAACAAUGUGUAAUCAUUCAGAUGCUUUUGAAAUACCUUGCCCAAUGUGUAGAAAUAAUACUCCAAUGAAUUCUAUUUCCUAUGUAAAAAGUAAUCGUGAUGUUGAAGCAUCAAGCAUAGUAAUCAAAGGGUCAUUUUCUACUAAAAUAGAAAGUGUCACUUUAAAACUAAUUGAAUUGAUAACUCAAGAUCCAAAAGUUAAAGUUUUAAUAUUCUCUACUUGGGAAAAAGCAUUAAAUCUUCUAGGAGAAGCUUUGGAACAAAAUUCUAUUAACUUUAGGAUACUGAAACCUGGAAAUAAAUAUAAAAAGACAUUAAAAGAUUUUAAGGAAAAUGAUAAAAUAAAUGCAUUAUUAAUGAAAUUAAGUCUGGGUUCAAAAGGACUUAAUUUAACUGAAGCCACAAGAGUAUUUUUCAUGGAGCCUAUAAUUAAAAAAGCUGAUGAAUUUCAAGCAGUUGGUCGAAUUCAUAGAAUAGGCCAAACAAAACCAACUUUUAUACAUCAUUUUGUUAUUCGGGAUUCUAUUGAGGAAAAUAUUACAAAUAUGUUUUCAAGUGAUGAAUUACAGAGAUGGGAUGAUAUUACAUUGUCUCAACUAAUUAGAGUAUUUGAAAGAAAUGAAUCUAAUGAAACACCAUAGUUAUAUAAUAAUGUGUAAGAAUAGUAAAUAGUAUGUUAUUUAU